AUGUCUCCAUCGACCGCAGCCGAUACUCCGAUACAGACGAUCGCCGAAAAACACCACCCAGGCCCGCAGACCCUCAUGGCGCAAAAAGGAGGUGGUCCGCCAUCCGACAGACUCCGGACUAGUGAUCACCCUUCGAACUGUUUCCCCACGACGCUGUCCAGCCCAGACUAUGCAGCACCCGGGUACCGCUCGCGUUACUCAGUACAACACCAGAUUGCACCCCAAUACCACGGACAGGCGAUGGCGUGGUACGGCUUCCCGGAGCUGGCACGACGGAACCAGCAGCACACAGGCAACGUGUUCUCGCCAGCAACGUUUCGCGAUACUGCUACUGGUCGCUUAUGCGUGCAGACUCGAUGGCCGCAGAGCACGAAGCGCCCUAGGAAGCGAUUCGGAGAGGUUGAACGCCUGUACAAAUGCAUCUGGGAUGGCUGCGACAAGUCAUACGGCACGCUCGGUCAUUUGAAUGCGCAUGUGGUGAUGAAAUCGCACGGUCUGAAGCGGAGUCCUGCAGAGUUCAAGGAGAUCCGCGAGAAGAAGAAGGCUGCAGAGAACAAGGGCAAGACCCAGAUGGCUGCCAAAAGCGACCACGACACUUCCCUGGCCCGUGGGACGUAUGUGCAGCCACAGAUGAUGCAUCUGGGGGGAGGCUCGCGGCCAUCCAUUGCAUACCAUGCGGCCAACGGCCAGUCGCCUCUUCAAUACGCCCAACCGCAGCCAGUCAACUGUACACAACAACACGACGUACGAGGCUAUGGGGAAAGCCCGUACGGCCAUGGUGGCCCUCCAUACCGGCAAGGGGUUGAUACCCUGUGUUGCCCGGCGAAAUAG